GAUAGAGGAAAAAAAAAAGAAGAAGCUGAGAGGUGCAGCAGAGAAUGUUGCAGCAGGCCGAAGGAUGUUGCAGCAGGCCGAAGGAUGUUGCAGCAGGCCGGAGGAAUUGCAGCAGAUCGAAGGAAUUGCAGCAGGCUGGAGCAAUUGCAGCAGGCCACGCGAGGAGAAGGAAGGCAUGUGGGAGGAGAAGGAAGGCAUGUGGGAGGAGAAAUAUUGCAGUAUUUAUAGAGAAAGGGUUGGGGAGACAUAGAAUGAAGGAAAUUGUUGAAAAUGUAUGCAAGAGUGUACCGUCACCAUCAUCAUCAUCAUCAAGGUUGUCGAAGCAUUUGAUUGAUGAGGUUUUAGGGUAUUGUAUUUAGUAUCUUAGGUAAUAUUAGUCAAUAAUUUAUUUAUAAUGGUACUUAUAUGGGCAUUUGAUUGAUAAGGUUCUUGAGGAUUGUAUUUAGUAUUUUAGGUAAUAUUAGUAAAAAUUUUACAUAUAA